GGAAGUUGGAGAUCAUAUAACGCGUUCUGUGAGGUAAAAGUGGACGAACAAGAGGAUUAUUCCGCUGAAUUCAGCCAUUUUAUGACCAAGUCUAGUCUAGGGAGUUGCAGCUUGGCGACAGGGAAGUUGACAGGACGCGGGCGCGGGCGUUGUUUGUGUGCGGUCUGUGGUAUAACUGGCUAACUAGCUUGUUGCUAAUUUACUUCCUUGUUUUAACUGUUUCUUUAUUCGGGUGUUUCCUCAAGUGUUACUGGUUUAUACAAGCGCUAUUACACAUUACGACACACACGAGACAAUUCAGGAACAGAAACUAUGAGAGUGCCUGAGAAUUGCGAAAUAUCUCGACAAAAAAUGUUUUCCUCUAACUUGUAGUGGUGUGUAAAUUUGUAUUUUGUUUAAUAUUUAAUCAAUUUAUUUGGUCUACGACUCGAAAAUCAUUGGAAAUUUAAGAAUGAAACUUGUCUGCGGGUGACGUCACACGAGGCGCUUGUCCGGUUCGUGGCCAAUCAGCUACUCACGACAGUUACUCGCGUGCGCUCAGUCCUCAGCCAAUCAGCUUCCGGGGACUCUUCGUCCGCGUGCCCGAAGUUGCCUCUGUGGAGCACAGGUCCUGAAGAGCGAAGUACAGGAGAUAAGAGAAGGAAAAGAGCAAAUAUUUACGGUUAUUUCGAGGCAAUGCUGGUCAUCUUCGGUUCCCCGUUCUUGUAAGAGCGCUCUGUGUGUGUGUGUUAUGGGAACGCUGAGGAACGGCUGGACGAAGAGAGAGAGCUUCAUUCUCUCCGUGGACGUGGGAACGACCUCUGUGAGGUGCCAUGUUUAUGAUAAACACGCCAACAUCCGGGGAUCCUGCACCCGAAAGGUACCUCUGCUGUACCCGGAGCGAGGCUGGGUGGAGAUGGACCCGGAGGAUCUGUGGCAGAGCUUCAUCAGUGUGGUGAAGGGAGCAGUGCACGACUCAGGUUUACAGAUGAGUCAGAUGGAGGCGUUAGGUAUCUCAACUCAGAGAGCCACCUUCACCACCUGGCACAGGAAGACGGGGAAACCGUUUCAUAACCUGAUUGGAUGGCAGGACCUGCGAACGGCCGAGAUGGCCAAGUCCUGGAACAACUCGUACACCAUGAAGGCAGUGCACGGUGUGAUGAAGAUGCUGCACUUCCUCAGCAGAUGGAAGCGUUUCCUGGCGGCGAGUCUGGUGGUCUUCAUGCCGCAGCAUGUCUCCAUGCGUCUGGCCUGGGCUUUACAGCAUAUUCCUCAGCUGAAGCAGGCGGUUGAUGAAGGAACUUGUUGUUUUGGGACCAUCGACACAUGGCUGCUUUAUAAACUCACUAAAGGUUUGGUCCACGCUACAGAUUAUUCCAAUGCCAGCUCAACUGCCAUCUUUGAUUCCUAUCAGAUGUGUUGGAGCGGGUUUUUGUGUUCUCUCCUCUCUCUACCUCUCUCCAUUCUCCCCACGGUGCACAACACGAGUCACCAUUUUGGUUCCUCUGAUCCCAACAUCUUUGGGGUUUCUAUUCCAAUCAUGUCACUUAUGGCGGAUCAGCAGGCGGCCAUGUUUGGCGAGUGCUGCUUUGAUACUGGUGAUGUAAAGAUUACCAUGGGAACAGGAACAUUUAUGGACAUCAACACAGGGAACAAACCACACACGUCUGUAGCAGGCCUGUAUCCCCUGGUGGGCUGGAAGAUGGGCUCUGACGUUGUGUAUCUUGCUGAAGGAAACGCUGCAGAUACAGGAACCGCCAUCAGAUGGGCUCAGGAGAUCGAGCUGUUUACAGAUGUAAAUGAAACCUCAGCCAUGGCCAGCAGUGUGAGCGACUCGGACGGAGUGUGUUUCGUUCCUUCCUUCAGCGGCCUGCAGGUGCCGUUAAAUGACCCUAAAGCGUGUGCAGCGUUCAUGGGUCUGAAACCUUCCACCACUAAGAGUCACCUGGUGCGUGCCAUUUUAGAGUCCAUCGCGUUCAGGAAUAAGCAGCUGUUUGAUGUGAUGCUUCGGGAAAUCCGAAUCCCCAUCACUAAAAUCAGGGCAGACGGCGGAGUGUGUGUGAACGACUUCAUCAUGCAGUUAAGCGCAGACCUGCUGGGGCGUAAAAUCUCACGGCCCACGCAUUUUGACAUGUCGUGUCUCGGGGCGGCGUUCGUGGCCGGGUUAGGAGUCGGUUACUGGAAGAGUAAAGAGGAGCUGAAGAAACUGCAGAUGACGGAGCGUCUCUUCCUUCCUCAGAACGUUAAAGGAGACACAGGAGGAGGAGGAGGAGGUGGUGUGUAUAAACUAGUCCUGCAGAGCUGGGAGCAGGCCCUACAGCGCUCCAUGCACUGGUACAGCCACACGUCAUAAUACACACACACACACACACACACACACACACACACACAGUGCCAGACGGUUCAGUUCGCUUGUGUUGUUUACAACCUGCCAUGAAGAAGAAGAAGAAGAAGAAGAAGAUGAUGGUGAUGAAGAGCCAUGUUUUACUCUGACGUGCCUUAAAUGUAACACACCUCUGACCUGUUGGACUUUAUUUCAUUUUGUAUAUUCACAGAGCGUCAGUCAGCAGUGUUUUACUUCUAAUUUCAUUCCCAAUAAAGGCUAAAAACAGGACAAAAAUUGUUGAUAAAAACAGAUUUAAUGAAAAACAGAGUAGGUUUAAAAGAUGAGAAAUACACCGUGGUUCGAUGAUUAAAAUCGAUUAAAAGUUCUCUCUUAUCUUAUCAUCUUAUUCAUACCGCCGAAACAAUGAUUAAAAUUUAAAGAUGUCGAUGAACCGUCUAGAUUUAAAAGUGGUUUUUGGUAUUUCUGUCAAAAUUGUACUUAUUAGCAAGAAAAUGAAUCAGACCUGUUGUUUAAAUCUCAAAAAACGAGAUAACACUGGCACGGGGCUUCAUUUAUCGAUCUUUUGGUGAAGUGGGUGUAAAUGUGUGCGUAAGGCGAACUGAUGGAUUUAUAAAAGUUGCAGAAACAUGGAUUUUAUUUGUAUUUAGCCGUAAAGUGCUGAGUGCGUUCCUGACACGGCUCAUUUGCAUGUAGCGACGCCCACAAAACUCCAUAAAAGGUAAAGUGCGCAGAGAGCUGGGAGCACGGAAUGAGCGAUCAGGGUGAAGACUAAAAAACAGAAGUGGAGGUUAUUUUGACUCACUUCUAUGCCAAUAACAAUAUUUAUAAUAUAUACUUAAUAAUAAUUAUAAAUGAGCACUAAAUCCUCCAUCAGCUCAGGUGUUAGUUUUAACGUGUGAAUAUGUCUAAUCUAAUCUGAUUUAAAAUCGUAUCGUGCCUUAUCGCGCUGUUUCAACACUAACUUCUCGUAAUUUACUCCUUUAUUUAUUCAGACUUCAGUCCCGGUUUGUGAAGAAAACAGUUUUUUUUUUUUCCCCCCUGUAUAAAAUGAUCUCUAUUUUUAAACAAAGAAAUAUAUCAAUUUGAAAUAAACACUUUUUUUUUAUAGUCAAAAACAUUCACAUCAUCAGGAAUGAAUAUUUCUGAGCCUUUUAAACGCUGCCGUUUUAAAUGUAGGAAUGUAGUGAUGAAAUAAGCCCCGCCCACUCGUGUCGAAAGGUCAAUCUCUAGUCAGAAAAGCUCAGAAUAAGACGUAAUACAGUUUAAGGUCAUGGUGUGGGAGUUCAGAAUCUGGCUUAAAUGUGAAUAUGAACUGUUUAAUAAUAAUAAUAAUAAUAAUAAUAAUAAAUACAUAAACAAUACUGUUACAGUGUAAGGAGUAAUUUCUGAUCAUCAGUGUUUACAUUAAUGAUGAUGAUAUUUAUAGACGGAGGGGAUUUUGUGCUGCUGAUUUUUCUUUUAAUUAAAAUAAACUAGAAAAACCGUUCCCAUCCUAUACCCAAAAUCUAUCAGGAAAUAAAAUCUUAACACACACGUCUGUUCGUUUAAAUUGGAUAAGAUUCUGUUUUGCGUAAUCAGACAUGAUGAAGGUCUCUGAGAUGCUGGGGAAAAAAAAAAAAAGUUUUAACGUUUAUGAAAAAAGGCGACGUAAACGAGUCCUGGUGCGUUCAAAAGAUACUUUAUUAUAAAUUGUGUUUAUUUUACAUAUGAGCUGAACGAACAAAACACCAAAUGCAGUGUUGAAGUACGGUCAGAGGUGUGAUAGUGAUGUGUGUGUGUGUGUGUGUGUGUGUGUGUGAGAGCUCGUUUUUUAAAGAACGUAAUGAUUCUAAUGUGAAGAAAUGUGUUAAUUAAUCAUCACUCUGUAAACGUUACACUCUUAGAAAAUGUAGAACCUUGAAGUGUUCUUCGCUCGGCUGUUCCUUAAGGUUCUACGCAGAACCCAACACUACACGUUCCCUGCUCGAGCUGGGCGAUGUGAUACAGAUAUCAAAAACCCUUUGUGAAGAAGCUGUCCAGCGUACGGUGGUGCUGCAAUAAUAAUUUUUAAAAAAACUACUUUUAUUUAUUUAAAAAUGUAUAAAUUAUAUUCAACACUGAAAAAGAGAACCAUUUAAAAAAAAUCUGUACACAUUUAAUUUUUUUGUAGUUAUUUUUUUUAAUUAAUGAAAAAACGAUAUCCACGAUAUCCACAAUAUCUGAGAAAAGCACACUGUUGGUGAUAAUUUAUCGUGAUAUGUAUAUUAUAUUCACGGUAUCUCCCGGCCCGGUUCCCCAACAGAACCCGUUCACAGUGCAGUCCUUUUAUUUUGGAGGCUAAGAACUCUUUUAUGUGUGAGAGUGAACAGCUGAGUGUUAAACUCCGGACAGGUUCUAGAUAUUAAGAAGAAAAUAACGAGCAAUGAUUUGGAGUUAAUACACACAAACGGUUCUUCGUGGGAUCUGUAAGGGGUUCUCUGGAUAAUUAAAGGUUCUUAGCUGCCCAAAAAAACUUCACGAUUGUGUGUGUGUGUGUGUGUGUGAAAAUUAAUUAAAUAAUUAUUUCUCAUUAUUUUCUUUUUAAUACCUAGAACCUGGUUCCCUCUUUAACGUGUUCUUUAAGGGUUCCUUGGAGAAUUGAGUUCUUAACUUGCAAAAAAAAAAGAGGUUUUGAGAGUAAAAUACUGUUGUGGUUGCGUUCUAGAUAAAAAUCGGUAAGGUAAAGCUGAACACUUUUGACUUCUGCAUUUUUAAGAAGGUAGAAUGUUGAAUUUUAUUCGAUUUUUAGUGGACUUAUAGUGAAAUUCGUAGCAGAACGGAGUGAAAGAUAAAAGCUGGUCGUUGACUAAAUGACCCUGUCGACGGUGAUGGUGAAUUAAAGACCACUUUAUUCUGGAAAUGUUCUGUUUCUGACCUUUCUGUAACCUUCACACUGCCGUAAUGUGAUGAUUGUCUUAAUCAAACUUAAAAUCAUCUUUAUUUUCUCUCUGUUUGACGUCCUGGUGCAGUUUGAGCAGACUUUCUCACUGAACACUAGUAAUAUAAGUGUUAAAUAAUCCUCGCUGUGUUUUAUGAGCUAAUAUUACUGAUCUGUAACGGUGUAUUGUUUCAGGUUUGUGUUGAUUUGAUUUGGAAGCAGAAUGAACAAAAUUAAUGAAUAAAAUGCUGAAUAAAUUGC